AUGGGCGAAUCCUCCUCGGACAGUAGCAAUCUGUCCAUACGAGAACUGACUCGCAAGAUAUCAGAGCUAGAGGCCACCAUAUCCACACAUAAGAAUGAUAAGCAGAGCUUCAAUGAAGAAGUGACCCAGCUCAAAUUCCAGCUAUCAGUGCUGAGAGACCAGAUGCUGGACACUGAGGAGCUAAUCAGAAGGACAAAUCAGCUGGAAAAAGAGAAAAGUAAGGAACUUUCGUUGUUCAAACGUGAUCACGAAGCACUCAAACACAGGUGUAACAUGCUGGAAAAACAGAUCGAAUACAGAGACGAGAAGCUAAAGGAGCUGGGAGUAUUCAUUAAUUUAUCUGGUAAUUUCGAAACACUUUCGCCAAAUGAUAUGACAGAUGGUAGUUCGGAUGCGGCGAACACGAGUAUGGACUCGACUGCUGCUCGAGAUGACGUCAUCAGUCGACUGCAGUCAGAAGUUAAGUCGUUAAAAUUGGAUUUGCAGAUUGAGAAGACACGGAACCAGAAUUCAGAAUCAGAAAAGGGAUCAGGGGACAAAAAGAUAGCCAAUCAGACUCCAAAUGGUAAUGGAAGUAGUACAGGUGGAGGCAAUCUUCAGGUGAAAAUGAAAGAACUUGAAUUCAAAAACACUCAGUUGGAGAAAGAUAAGGAGUUUUUGCAGAACAAUCUGACAAUAGCUGAGAAGGCGAGAGAUCGGGAGAAAGCUAGGAGCUCAGAGCUAGACGCAUCAGAGGAAAAACUGAAGAAUGAAUUAAAGGCUGUUAAGAAAGAUUUCAAGAAGCUCCAACUUGAUUAUCAUGAUUUAGAAUCCAUGAACAGUACAUUGAAGAAGAAACUGGAAAAGCAGUCCAAAAAGGGGGGACUGGUAAAUUAA